GGGGCGGGCCCUGCGGGGCGGGAGGCAGGUUGGGCUGCGCGCGGCGAGGCUGGGCCCGCCGCCCGCGCGGGAGGGGGAGGGAAAUCUCCCGCCAUUUUUCAAUCCUCCCGCCCGGGUCCCGCCGCCGCCGCCGGGGUCGUCACGCGGGUCCGCCGGCUCCGGCCGCGCUCCCGCCAUGGCGCCGCUGCUGGGCCGCAAGCCCUUCCCGCUGGCCAAGCCGCUGCCGCCGGGGGAGCCGGGGGAGCGGUUCGUCAUCCCCCACACGCAGGAGGCCUUCCGCACCCGCGAAGAGUAUGAAGCGCGUUUGGAGCGAUACAGCGAGCGCAUCUGGACGUGCAAAAGCACCGGGAGCAGCCAGCUGACCCACAAGGAGGCCUGGGAGGAGGAGCAGGAGGUGGCCGAGCUCUUGAAGGAGGAGUUCCCCAUCUGGUAUGAGAAGCUGGUGCUGGAAAUCGUGCACCACAACACCGUGUCUUUGGAGAAGCUGGUGGAUGCAGCUUGGCUGGAGAUCAUGACCAAGUUUGCAGUGGGAGAAGAGUGUGACUUUGAGGUUGGUAAGGAGAAAAUGCUGCCCGUGAAAGUUGUGAAGAUACAUCCCCUGGAGAAAGUCGAUGAAGAGAUGUCGGAAAAGAAAUCGGAGGGCGCCUGUGAUUCCCCGUCCAGCGACAAGGAGAACUCGGGCCAGGGCACCCAGGACAACCAGAAGGAGGGGACCCUGAAGGAGGAUGACAACAGGAGGGAAAGCCUGAACGACCGAGCGCGCAGGUCUCCUCGGAAACUUCCCACAUCUCUGAAGAAGGAAGAGAGGAAGUGGGUUCCUCCUAAAUUCCUGCCACACAAAUACGAUGUCAAGCUGAAAAAUGAAGAUAAGAUCAUCAGCAACGUGCCGGCAGACAGCUUGGUGCGGACCGAGCGUCCUCCCAACAAGGAGAUCCUGCGGUACUUCAUCCGGCACAACGCGCUGCGGGCCGGCACCUGCGAGAACGCCCCGUGGGUGGUGGAGGACGAGCUAGUGAAGAAAUACUCCCUCCCUAGUAAAUUUAGUGACUUCUUGCUUGACCCACAUAAGUAUAUGACUCUCAACCCCUCAACCAAGAGGAAGAGCUCUCGGUCACCAGACAGAAAGCCGCCCAAGAAACCCAAAGCUGAUGGGUCAUCCCUGAGCCAGCCCCUGAGCCCCACGCUCUGGUGCCACGUGCAUUUGGAGAAGUCUAUUAUUUGCUCUCCGCUGAAGGUGAAAAACUCGAAGAACUCAAAAAGUCCUAAAGAGGAGCUGGAAGAGGUGAUGAAAAUUGUGUCACCUGCUAAACUUAGUUCCAACUUCCACAUUCCGAAGAGGAGCCGGCUGGGGAAGGGCAGCAACAAAUCCUUGGACAAAAAGCAAAGAGGCAAAAGGGUUCUGAACGGGCAGAAGUCAUCGGGGAAAUCGAAGUCUCCUAGGAAAGGCUUGAAGACCCCAAAGAUGAAAAUGAAACAGAUGACACUACUGGACAUGGCCAAAGGUACCACUAAGGUGUCCAGGACUCCCAGGAAUUCGGGAGGCACCCCCAGGUCUUCCAGCAAACCCCAGAAGCAUCUUCCUCCUGCCGCGCUCCAUCUCAUCGCCUAUUACAAAGAAAACAAAGACCGGGAGGACAAAAAAAGUGCUCUGUCCUGCAUCAUCUCCAAAACAGCCCGGCUGCUCUCCAACGAGGAUCGAGCCCGUCUCCCCGAGGACUUGCGAGGGUUGGUACAGAAACGCUAUGAGCUCCUUGAGCACAGGAAGAAAUGGGCAACGAUGACAGAGGAGCAGCGGAAGGAGUACAUGAAGAAGAAAAGGGAGAAGCUGAAAGAGAAACUGAAGGAGAGAGCAAAGGAGCGCAAGGAGAAGGAGAUGAAGGAAAAACUGGAAAAACAGAAAAGAUACGAGGACCAAGAUCUUAAAGGGAAGGCCUUGCCUACGUUUAAGCUGGUCGAUACUCCAGAAGGACUCCCCAACACGCUCUUUGGGGACGUCGCCAUGGUGGUGGAGUUUCUGAGCUGUUACUCAGGGUUGUUGAUGCCAGAUGCUCAAUAUCCCAUCACGGCUGUUUCCCUGAUGGAAGCGCUUUGUGCGGAAAAGGGAGGGUUCCUCUAUUUGAACCGAGUGCUGGUCAUUCUCUUGCAGACCCUGCUGCAGGAUGAAAUUGCUGAAGAUUAUGCCGAGCUGGGAAUGAAGCUUUCUGAAAUACCACUUACCCUGCAUUCUGCUUCCGAGCUGGUUCGCCUGUGCCUGCGCAAGUCCGACGUGCAGGAGGAAAGCGAGGUCUCGGAUAACGUAGACGAAAGCAAGGAUUCGGCAGCUUUCGAGGAUAACGAGGUACAGGAUGAGUUUUUGGAGAAACUGGAGACGUCGGAGUUCUUCGAGCUGACUCCUGAGGAGAAGUUACGGAUACUCGGAGCGCUGUGCCACCGGAUCCUGAUGACGUACUCGGUGCAGGACCACGUGGAGGCCAAGCAGCAGGCGUCGGUGGAGCUGUGGAAGGAGCGCCUGGCCAUCCUGAAGGAGGAGAACGACAAGAAGAGAGCGGAAAAACAGAAGCGAAAAGAAAUGGUGGCCAAGAACAAGGAGAACGGGAAAGAUGAGAAUAUGAUGGGAAGAAACGAGAAGAAAAAAAACGAGGUGAUGAAGAUGGAGCACCGGGUAGAAAUAGAAGCUGAUGAUAUGAUCAGUGCUGUGAAGAGCAGGCGCCUGCUUGCCAUCCAAGCCAAGAAAGAGAGGGAGCGACAAGAAAUACAAAUGAGAGUGAGGAUGGAGAAAGAAGCAGAGGAAGAAAGAAUCCGGAAGCAUAAAGCUGCAGCUGAGAAAACCUUCCAGGAUGGAAUCGCCAAAGCGAAGCUGGUGAUGCGCAGGACUCCAAUUGGCACUGACCGUAAUCAUAACAGGUAUUGGCUGUUUUCGGAUGAAGUUCCUGGCUUGUUCAUUGAGAAAGGCUGGGUGCAUGACAGCAUAGACUACAGAUUCACCCUUUCCCAUCAGAAAAAAGAUGAUUUUAAAAAGGACUGCAGCCCGGGAGACAAGCGGAAGAGCGCAGAUGGCAGGCUGAGCAAGCUCCACCGCGCCGCGCACGCCGCCGACCUGCCCGCCGAGACCACCACCCCCAAGCAGGGACAGAACUUAUGGUUUCUGUGUGACAAUCAGAAGGAUCUGGACGAGCUGCUGGAUUGUCUGCACGCGCAGGGGGUCCGCGAGAGCCAGCUGAAGGAGCGCCUGGAGAAGAGGUAUCAGGACAUCACACAUUCUAUCCAUUUGGCUCGGAAACAGAACCUGGGCCUCAAAUCCUGCGAUGGCAACCAGGAGCUGCUGAACUACCUCCGGAGCGAUCUCAUCGAGGUUGCAACUCGGCUGCAGAAAGGAGGGCUGGGAUACGUCGAUGUGACACCAGAAUAUGAAGCAAGAGUGUACUCGCUGGAGAGCCUGAAGGAUUUUGGAGAGUGUGUGAUCGCACUCCAGGCUGGGGUUGUUAAGAAGUUUCUUCAAGGCUUCAUGGCCCCCAAGCAGAAGAGGCGGAAACAUCAAGGAGAGGACUAUGUUGCCAAGGCUGAAGAGAUAGAUGAAGACAAGAAAAUGGCAGAAGAAGCCAAGGUUGCUUCAGCCACGGAGAAGUGGAAGACGGCGAUCCGUGAGGCCCAGACCUUCUCCCGCAUGCACGUGCUGCUGGGGAUGCUGGACGCCUGUAUCAAGUGGGAUAUGUCGGCAGAGAACGCCAGAUGCAAAGUGUGUCGCAAGAAAGGCGAGGACGACAAGCUGAUCCUGUGUGACGAGUGUAACAAAGCCUUCCACCUGUUCUGCCUGCGGCCGGCGCUCUACGAGAUCCCGGACGGCGAGUGGCAGUGCCCGGCGUGCCAGCCGGCCACGGCGCGGCGCAGCUCGCGGGGCAGAAACUACACAGAGGAUUCUGCUGAAGAUGAAGGUGGAGAUGGUGAGGAAGCUUCUGAUGAACCAGAUGCUGAGGAGGAAGAGGAGGAGGAAGAAGAUUACGAAGUUGCUGGACUGAGAUUGAGACCCAGAAGGGCAGCCCGGGGCAAGCAGAGCGUGGCCGUGUUCUCCUCCAGGCAAGGGAGGCACCAAAGGAAGAAGCAGUCGCUGCACCCCGCCAGGGGACCCCGGCAGCGGGCGGCACCUGUCAACGGCGCAGACAUUGAUGAGCUGGUCCUUCAAACAAAGAAGACGACACGUCGCCAAAACUUGGAGUUGCAGAAGUGUGAGGAAAUCCUCAGCAAGCUGAUCAAGUACCGCUUUAGCUGGCCCUUCAGGGAGCCGGUGACCACGGAGGAAGCUGAAGAUUACUUUGAGGUCAUCAGCAACCCUAUGGACUUCCAGACUAUGCAGAGCAAGUGCUCUUGUGGCAAUUACCGCUCGGUGCAGGAGUUCCUCGCCGACAUGAAGCAGGUGUUCUCCAACGCCGAGCGCUACAACCAGAACGGGAGUCACGUACUGUCCUGCCUGGAGAAGACAGAGCAGUGUUUGAUUGACAUGGUGCACAAACACCUGCCUGGCCACACGUAUGCGCGCAGGAAACACAAGAAGCUCUCUGCCGAGUGCCAGGAACUGGAGGAGCAGGAAGGGGACAGUGAGUCAGAGCCCCUCGAACAUUCCCGGGGGCGGAAAAGGAAGAAAUGAGGGAUGGGGAGACCAGGGGAAGAGCCAGAGCUGGAGCAGGCCUGGUGGUGCUGCCGGGCAGCAGGAUGGGUUGUCUGGAGGGAGCUGGGAAGCAGCAGGCACUUCUCUAUUAAUCCAGCCUUCCCUUUGGCCUGUCCUAGUUUCAAUUUUUCUGCAAUUUCCUCAAAUAUUUUGUCAUCCAUUGAGUAAGCAGAGAUGAAUUACUGCUUCCUGCAUAAUCCGCAAAGCUCUGAAGGAGUCUGUCCUGCGAGGAGGGGAAGGUGGGAGCGCGAGGGGGAGGCCGGGCCGGGAGCUCGGAGCCAGCGCCAGCUCAGCGCCGCCGGCUCCCUGGGGAUGAGCGGCCGAGCGCUGGGACCUCUGCCCUGUGCUGCCCGGGACGUGACACCCGCCUGGAGCUGCCCUGGAGGGAUCAUGUUGCUGCACGGAAGGACUGGGUGCGAUCAGGCCAAUGGGCUGCGAGUUCUUGUAUGUAUAUAUUUAUAUGGUGUUAAUUCGGAGCCCCUGCUGAAAGGCUGCGCGGGGCGGGCAAGCACUUACAUUUAUGGAGAGGCGGCUUUCACCAGCAUCCUGACACACUCGGCUUCCAGGUGCUCUUGCUUUUCCCCUCUCCCUUCCAAGGGAGCGAUCUCGGGAGGCUGCGCUCCGAAGGAGGCUUUUCUGAGCUGGGCUUUUCUGAGCUGGGCUUUUCUGAGCUCGGCUCUUCACACGUACGCGGCACAGAGGAGGCCGUUGGUGUCCCCGCUCACCUGGAUCCCACACAACCGCGCAGCCCUUCGGGUGACCCGAGUGCCAGAAGCAGACGGGCGGGCGCUGGCUUCCUGCGCCCUGAGAGCCGGGGCAGCAGCUGAAACAUCCGUGUAACUUUUAAGAUGAAUUUUCUAGUUAAAAGUGGCUCGUUUCUAGCUGUGAUCUUGUACAAAGAACACCUGUAAGAUACCGUUGUCUUGCUUUGGCACAUGUACAGUUUAUAUGAAAUCGUGUUUGCUUUAUAUUUUCCCCCCUCUUAAAACUCAUUUCCCUGCCAGUAGCUGGAGUUACAUCGGGGUCUGUUGGCAGGGGGUGUCCCGGUCCCUCUCUAGCCGCGCUCUCACCAUGUUUUAUAGCAAAACCAUCCCCAUUUCAGCUCCUUCGCCCUCCCCCAGCGCAGCGAGACUGUCCCGCACCCGCCGACCCGCCCGCCCUGGGGGAGCUCGGCCCCCGCAGCGGGUCCUGCGCCCCACGUACGGACUUUGCUCAUCGUCUCUCCCUUUCCGUCAUGACAGGUUUUUACCAUACAAUCAGGGCUCCAACUUUUUAUUGUAGAGGUUUUCAAUUUGGGACAAACCAGCCACAGGGCUGCUCUGUACUGGUUUUGCAACAGAAAAGCAAAAGCAGCUGUUGCUGCUCCUGUGAUUUGAGAAGAAAAGAAUCAUUGAUUAAAAAUUUCAGCCUCAUUUUGUGAGAUUUUAGGAUUUUUUAUUAAUAGGUAUUUGUGUGAGGUCUGGGCUGUCGGGGGCUGCGGGGCCCAGGCAGUUUCCAGCCUCUCCCUCCCAGCUCCUGCCCCACAGAGCAGCACUGACGUUUGUAUUCCGCACGUCCCCUUCAGACGCUUUGUUCUGUCCUGUCCAUAGAGAACGUUUUCUGCGGGUCCCACACGGUGAAACCUUUGGGAUUGUACGUUUUUUAAAAAUAAAUGUCAUUUGGGGGGAGGGGGUUUCUGCUAAGGGCUGUACUUGUAAUAAAUUGGAAACUUAAAAAUAAACAUGUACUUGUGUUUGUAA